UUGCUUUUGCUGCUGCUGCUGCGGAACCAAACUACCUUUCAGUCCGCACCUCAUGGCGCCUGUCGGGCUAAAAUGAAAUCCAUUCCAAACCAAGACAUUCAGUCGGGAUCAAUGUGCAAGUUCAUGGGAUUAUAUGAACUCCUACGUGUUUAAGGGAGGUGGAGACAAUUUACCACCUCCUCUCUCUGCCCUAGACUGAAAUUAUCAACUGAUUUUGCACAGGGGAGAAGCUUGAAGCACUCCCUGCAGCACUUGAAAUGGAGACUCCCAGUGGCUACAGUGCUAGUAACGGCCAAUGCUCUCCUGGUAAGGAGAACUCGAGAAUGUUGGUAGAUAUGUCAACACCUAAUGGACAGACAGUUCCUCAGGGUCCUAAUUCCCCCAGUGAAGUGACAAUUAAGCAAGAGGAGGAAACAGCGGAGGAGGCUGACAACAGAAGCCCAGCGCUUGAAGAAAUAGGCCAAAUAAGGGAGGAAGGAGAAGGAUUGGAGGAAUCCAUGACUGGCAGCCCAAGCAAUGGACAGGAUGGAUUAUCUGGACCAAAUGUGACAGCUGAUGCAGGAAGUCGACAACCAAACGGUGACAGGCCGUUCCAGUGCAACCAGUGUGGCGUUUCGUUCACCCAGAAGGGAAACCUGCUGCGACACAUCAAGCUGCACACAGGCGAAAAACCCUUCAAAUGCCCCUUCUGCAGCUAUGCCUGCCGGCGGCGUGAUGCCCUCUCCGGUCAUUUGCGCACUCAUGCUGUUGGCAAACCACACAAGUGUAACUACUGUGGGCGGAGCUACAAACAGCGUACUUCCUUGGAGGAACAUAAAGAACGCUGCCAUAGUUACCUGCAGGGUAUCGGCUUGGAUCCAACCGCCAAUACUGGCCCUUACACAGGUGAGGUUCCUAAAGAGCCGAGGCCCAUAGCUGAGGCCAACACCAUGGCCACCUUUGACCGGCCGCCCGUUAUUGAAAGGCUGCAUAAUAAUGUGGGCAAAAGGAAGAGCACCACACCUCAAAAAUUUGUGGGUGAAAAGAUGUUGCGCUAUAGCUACCCUGAACUAGGCUAUGAGAUGGGCCUUAAGUAUGAGAAGCAGGCUGAUCUGAUGCCGGCCCACAUGAUGGACCAGGCCAUCAACAAUGCCAUGACAUACCUGGGAUCGGAAACACUUCGACCCAUGCUUCACCAUCCAGGUCCCCCUCUCUCUAUAGCUGAUGUGGUGCCCAUGGUCAACCCCCUCUUCCACCAUGUCGUACCAUUGGCCCAACGAACAGAGCGUCAAGGAAACUGUAACACGCUGCCAUCUCAUCCACAUGACUUCCCCAGCCACCCCACCACAAAUGGCCCCACUGCAACCAGGCAGGGCAAGCCGCCCCAGAAAGGGCAAGAGGAAUCUCCCAACAACAGUGGAGUUGACUCUGCUGACUCAGCUCGCAGCAGCCCUCAAGAGAAGCAGGGCUACCAUGGGAGCAACCCCCAUUCCGGCUUCAGGUCUCGGGCCAGUCCAGCUGUGGUCUAUUCAAGUGAGCGGCUGACAGAUGCUUCCCCAAGAAGUGGAGCAGGAAUGGGGAGUGGGAUAAUGCGAGUGGCCACAGAGAGGCCUAUGAGCCAGGAAGGGGUGCGGGUGUUUGGACAAGAGGGCCAGGAGUUGCGGGCCUUCCAGUGCGAGCACUGUCGGGUGCUCUUCCUGGACCAUGUCAUGUACACCAUCCACAUGGGUUGCCAUGGAUACAGAGAUCCACUGGAGUGCAACAUCUGUGGUCACCGCAGCAAAGACCGCUAUGAGUUCUCCUCUCACAUAGUCCGAGGUGAACACACCUUCCAGUAAAUGGAUGGGUAGGAAUUAAGGGAAAGACAUAGAAGGGAAGCAAUAGCCUGAUAUCCGUCCUUAUCCCCAGACCUCGGAGACUACACAGUCGAAUGACACUGUAGACAAGUGUAGCACAAUCAUAGCAUAGAUUUCUCUUUAAGCUACUUAUUGGGAAUCUGAACAGUUGAACAAUCAUAUGAAGGUAUGGGCCAAAGACACAUUUUCUAUAUAUUUAAUAAAGAUAAAUGUAGAGGAAGGAAGGUAAGUUUAUUGUGAUUUUUUAAAA